AAAAAUAAAAAUAUAUUAAUAAUAAUAGAUAAGAUGCCAAGUGGAAAUUUAGCAUAAAACAAAAAAAAAAACGACAAACACGUGCAACAUUUAUGGCGCCGCGACGCAACAGCAGCAGCGGCAACAACACCCAACAGCAGCAUCAACACCAGCAGCAGCAGCAACAACAACAUCAUCACUUGCAACACGAGCAGCAGCAGCAACAAUUGCAACAGCAGCAACAGCAACAACAACUCUACGCAAUUAUGGCGCCCAUGCAACAAAAGCUGAGCGUCGGCGUUCAGUUGACGCGCUGCUGCUAUCCUAACGGUGAAUGUGCGAAAAUGGAUGCAUUGAUAGCGUUGGACGAAACUGGGCUGGCGGACUGUGUCCGUGUGUUGUGCAACAACGAGAAUUGCAACGUGGGGCAAUAUAUGCAUCGCGACUGCUUCGAUCUGUGGGAGGCGGGCGUGUUGCAACAGCUGAAGGGAAGUGCGCGUGGACGCAGCUGGUCGCAACAGCAGCGGGUGCAACAGUUGUGGCAGAAGAAGGGCUACGAUCUGGUGUCGAAGAAUUGCAGUUGCAAGUGCGGCCGGGGACAGUUGCGCAAGGAUCUCGAGUGGCCGCCAAAUGGGGUAUGCUUCACGGCGCCGCGUUCCCUCAUCGAUGUGGUGGCCGAUGACGAGAAGGGCAAGAACAGCAGCAAGAAGAAGAAGCGCAAUCGCAACAGUGGCAACAACAACAAUGGCAACGGUGGCAACAGCAACAACAACAACAACAACCAGCAGAAGCAGGGAGUCGCCUUGGCGCCACUCAACACAAACGGCGGCAACUUGACGCCCAAUCCCAAUGUGGGCGUCAUUGGCUCCGGCUUGCCACACAACAACAACAACAACAACAGCAAUGGCAACAUCAGCAACAACAAUAACAAUAUUGCCACAUUGCAACCGAGCGUGGUGGCAACACUGAGCAACAUACUCAACAGCGGCGUUGGCAGCGGUGGCAACAAUGUGUUGGGCCUCGAUUUGCGAACUCGCGCCGGCAGCCUCUCCUCCUCCAGCGGCUCCAGCUCCCCCUCGGCGUCCCAGUCCAGCGGAGACAUUUCCCUAUCGCCAGUGCAGCAGCAACAGUUGCAACAACAGCAGCAGCAACAGUUGCACUUGCAACAGCAACAACAACAACAGCAACAAUUGCAGCUGCCGCCUGCUGCAGCCACAAACAACAAUUUCGCUGGCAGUCUGCUGCUACAACACAACAGCAACAACAGCAGCAACAGUGGUUUGGGCCUGCCCAAGCAUGUCCUGGAACUAUUGCCUGUUUUGGCCAACAUCAGCAACUUCAAGCCGCCGGCCAGCUACGAUCAGCAACAAUUGGUGCAACAGCAGAAGAACAAAGAAGUCGAACUCUACUCGGAGCGUGUGCGCUCCACAUCUGGUUGCAAUGGCAUCUUCUCACGUCGCUUGGAUUUCUCAUCAUUCAAUUUGCUGCCAAAGACGCGUUUGAAUUCUUAUCAAGUAAAGAUUGAGGACGAGGGCAAUCAUGGCAACGAUGAGACACGCCUCUUCAUACUCACCGCCCUGGCCCAGUCGCAGAUGAGUCGCGUUGCAUGCAUUUUGUGCGAGGAGCCGUUGCUUGUAUUCGAUCGCUAUCCGUUGGUCGAUGGCUCUUUCUUUCUAAGUCCCAAGCAGCAUUCCAACGGCUGCAUUGAGGUUAAGCACGAGGGACGCAUGCUUUACUUGACCUGUGUGUGCAUGAGCUGCCUGGAUGGCACCUCCAGCAGUCGUGUCAUCAGCUGCAGAUUCUGCAAUGAGCCCUGGGAUGGCUCCAGUCUGGUGCUGGGCACCAUGUACUCCUACGACAUCUUUGCUGCUAUGCCCUGCUGUGCCGAGCGUUUCAAGUGCAAUAAUUGCUUCAAAAUGCUGAUGCAUCCACAGCAGCGGUUGAGCUUCUACAGCGAUUAUUCGCACGGCGUCACUUGCCCCUUUUGCAACACGCAGGACACUCACUUUGUGAAGCCGCUGAGCUACUGCUACGCUAAGAGCAAUGCGACGCGGAUGCAGGCGAUCGCAUAACAUGAGGCCCCGUUGGAGUCCCCAGCGGUCGCCGGCAGUGCAACAGCAACAGCCAGUGCCAAUGGUGCUUCAACGGCCUCCAAGCAGCCAAUCUACAAUGCUGCCAUCGACUAUUCCGCUCCGCUGCAGCAGCAAAUUAAUCCCGAUCUAAUUGGUGCUCAUCCGCAUGCCCAGCAGCAUCAGCAGGUAAGACAGCUGCAGCAGCAACAACCACAGCAGGCAGUACAACAACAGCAACAUCAGCAGCAGCAGCAGCAACAACAGCAACAGACACCAGCAGCAGCUGUGGUGCCCGCUGCAGUUGCAGCCACACAGCGAGCCGCUGAAGCGGCCUACUUGGUAACAGCAUCAACAGGAGCAGCAGCUCGUGCUGCCAGCUAUCAGCAGCAGCAACAACAACAACAGCAACAGCAGCAGCAGCAACAAUUGCAUCAACUGCAGCAACACAAACUAAGCCUCUCAAAUACCCUAACGGCCAUGGCGGAUGUUAUGAGCAAGUAUCAGCAGCAGCAAAAUCAACAACAGCCGCAACAGCAACAUCAACAGCAGCAGCAACAACAGCAACUGCCACACAAGCAAUUGGGCCACUUGACUCUCAGCCAUGAUUCCAACGCACUCUUGUUGAGCAACAUAAACAACAGCAACACAAAUCACAACAGUAGCAGCAACAAUGGUGUUGGCAGCAGUAUUAGUAACUUAUUAAUUAGCCAUAAUUCACAUAACAACAAUCACAACAACAACAGCAACGGCAACAGCAGCAGCAGCAACAGCAACAGCAACAGCAACAGCAGCAAAAUGAACGCCUGGUCGCAGCAGCCAAUGGCCCAAGCCGAGGCUAUAUCCGCCUUGUGGGGCUGUGCCAGCAAUGCAUCCACAAGCGGCGGCUCCACCAGCGGCUGCUCAUCGGGCAGCGGUUCACAGCCGUCGCUCAGUCCGACCACAAGCCACAGCAAGGAGCUGCUCUGGGCCCAGACAUCGCCCAAUGGUUUGGCUCAGUUGCGUGAGAAUUUCUAUGCGGCUAAGGAGCUGUUGCCGCAUGCUGCUUCCCCAACGGCCUCGUUGACCAGCUCAUCGGGCGCCUCAUCGAGCGGCGGUUGGGGCAACACAAAUGUGGCACACUAUGGCAAGCUCAGUGCGGCACAAAACAUUUGGGAGCUACCAACAACAGCUGGCAACAUUAACAUCAACAGCAACAAUCAGAAUACUGCAGCUUCACUUGUUCCGGCCAUGUUCAGCGAUCUCCUGUGCAAUCUGCACAUUAGCCAGGAUGGCAGCCAGCUUAAUAACAAGGCCAACAACGAUGUCUCAGAUGUUAGCUCCAAUUCGUCCUCGUCGGCGGGUGAGCUGCUCGAGGCGGCCAACAUUUGGCGGCACAGCAACAACAUCAGUGCCAAUCAACUCCAGCAGCAACAGCAGCAGCAGCAGCAACUCUUUGAUGAGCCACUAGGUGGCGCUGCCGCUUGCAUGCAGCUCUUCAAUGAUUAUCUAAACAUGAACAACUAAGCGAUCCACACACAAACACACACACACACACAUACACACCCACACAUUCGUACAAUUAACAAAAUGUUACUCUAGCGAAAUUUAACAGAGAAUAGUAACAUUAAAAGAUACGGAAAAGAUAAAAGAUAAAAAAUAACAACAUUAACAUCUACAGUUACAGUAACGGGCACUUUUAAGAACCAUCCAGGCAAAUAAGCAAAUUUCCAACAACAAUCAAAUCGAAGAACAAAAACAAAAAAAAAAAACAAAAAAACAAAAACUUGCCGCAAGUUGCUGUGUGUAAUUUUAAUUAAAAUAAAUGGCAGAACGAUUUUACUAAAAAGGCAGAAAACAACAAAUUACAAUUUUCUCGUUCAUUUUGUUGAGUUUACCAACAACAAUGCGAAGAAAACUAAAAAAGGAAAAGGAAAAAAAAACAAUCAACAGAAAAACCACACACCCCCAAAAGAAAGCAAUUUUUAGUUUUAUUUUAUAAAAGAAAUUUUUAUAUAAAACCUACCAAAAAAAAAAAACAAAAA